GUCGUCAAUCAAAACCAAAACUGUGUGCAACAAGUUGUCAAAAGUGCAAGCAACAAAAAUAAAAAGCUCAAAGUGCAAAAUAAAAUAAAAGUGUAAUAAAAAGUGCAAUAAAAAAGCAAAUCAAAUGAAAAAUGAAAAGUGCUAAAAAUGCUGGUGCCAAGGCAAAUUAAAAAGAAAACUCUGUAGUCGAAGAACAGUGCGGAAUAAAAAAACAACAAUUUACCCCUAAAAAAGAAAAGCGUUCACGCAACAACAACAACAACCUUCCCCUUUUUUCCAGUAAAAAAAACAAACAACAUAAAAAUGUCAACCAGCCGCCGUUUGGCCAAACGCUCAAUAAUUGGCACCAAAGUCUGUGCUCCGGGUCCGGACGGACUUUGGUAUUCGGGUGUCAUACAGGACGUUAAGACGCCCACACUAAUGUCCGCCGAUCCGAUGCCGCCGCCCACAUUCUUGGCGCCCGGCGAUGCGCAAUUGAAUGCGGAUACGCGUUACAUAGUUCGAUUCGAUUUCAAAACGCAAACGUUGCCCGCUAACGUUAAUGCUUCUUCUUCCGUCGUCGUCGCCGGUUCCGAGUCGGUUAUUGUCGAGACGCGUCGCGCCGCCGCCGCCGCAGCCGCUGCUGCCAGCGUUCACAUCAGUCCGGCUCAGGCAUUGCGUCGCAAUGCAAUGACAAAGGAGUUCCGUGAAUCCGAUCUGAUUGGACCCGGUUUUCGUUCCAUAAUGAGCAUUCAAUUGCAGCCGGGACAACGCAUCUUUAUCACCUACAAUGGACGCGAGCAGAGCGGCGAUGUGGUCCAGCAUGAUGUCAACAAGGAUGAGGUCGUUGUCAAGAUCACCACAAUUGGCAAUGAGGAACCCAUCGAGCUGAAGAAGCGUUUGGAGGAAGUGCGUCUGCUGGAGUCACGUCGCUCCGCUCGUUUAGCCGAUCAGGAUCGCGACACGGACUUUGCACGAUUGGCCGACAUGGGUGGCGAUCGUCGCCGAACCACACACAGUAUUGAGGUGCCAUUGACGCUGCCGCCGUCGCACAACUCACGAAAGCGUCCGCCAAGCGACACUUACGACUGCAGCAGCGAUGAUUGCAAAGUGGACGUCAUGAAUGAAUGUAAUGCAGCAUUAAUUUUAAUGAAUCUACACAACUCGCCGAAUACGGUGUCGGACAAAUGGUUUGGCUCCAGCCCGGGCAGCAGCUCGUCGGCCUCUUGGAGCUCCGGUUCGGCAUCGCCGCCAUUGAGCGAUGAUGGCAGUGCACUGCAUGGUCACAUUAUAUUGUCGCCGCACGAUGCGGCCAUUGCAUCGGCAAAUGCACGCAUACGCACAACAUCGGUGUCCACAUCGGAUGAGGGCAUUGUCACCGACUUCAAGGAGGAGCGCAAGAAGAAGGUGAGUUGUAAACAGAUGUUUCUUAGCAUAAAGCCAAAGUUGCGAAAAGUCGCUGGUCGGUUGGUGAGUGCUUGCCACACCGCAUUGCCACACUGCUCCACAACCACAUCCCGACUUUGCCAAAUGCCCAAUGCUUCGAAAAAAUUCCGCUGUAUCUGGAAGGGAUGCGGCACCGUGGAGCUCACACAAUUGAAAAUUGAACGACACGUGAGGGACACACAUUUGGGCAAAAAGGCCAGACGCUCUGGCGACUCAGAUUCCUGCAGUGAAAAUGAGCACGAAGAGGAGUUCUACUACGACGAAGACGACGACGACGAUGAGUCGACGAUCAAAACGCCUAGUCCUGCGUCACCGCCCACGCUCAGCCACCGGGACAUGGCGCGUCCGCCGCACGAGGAUCCCGAAUACCAAAGACAGAUCGUUGGCAAUUUCAAACAAGGACGCGCUAUGAAUAACUAUCACCACCUAACGCAUCAGCAAUCACAGCUACAUCACAGCAACAGCGGCAGCAGCGGUGCUCAUCACAUCACCAGCACACAGCAGCAACAGUUGCAGAAUAACAACACUAGCUGCAUACCGACAUCGCCGCUGGCGCAUCACAAUUACACUUGGUCAUCGGCGGCUGCGAUCACAGUGAGCGCUCCAUCGGCGACAUCCCACCACAGUAGCAGCAGCAGCAGCAGCAGCAGCAACAACAACAGCCACAGCCACCAUAACCAUCAUCAUCACCACAAUUCGACGACACUCAAUAAACACGCACGCUCAUCAUCGUCGCGUCCGUCCCACUCGACUGCGCCAUAUCCAUCGCCGACAUACGUCCAUCACCAUCACAAUCACAAUCACAGCUACAACAGUCACAGCAGCAACAGCAGCAGUGGCAGCGGCAACAGCAGUCCGGUCAUACAUAGCAAUAGCAGUGCCAACAACAUGUUGCAGCAAUUGUCGCAACAGAAUGUCACAGUGACGGCGCAUCACACCAGCAAUGGCCACACACAACAGCAGCAACAGCAGCAGCAGCAACACCACCUGUCUAGCGUGACAAUCACGCCGAAUUACCAUCCGCCGCAGCAGCAGCAACAACAGCAACAUCAUCAUCAGCAGCAGCAGCAACAACAACAGCAUUUGCGCGGCCAGCAACAGACAACUGCCAGCAACAAUCAUGUUGCCAAUUCCGGCCAACAACAGCAACAACAACACAUGUCACUGCAACACGUUGCAGUGCAACAAACGGUGAGCGCUGCCAAGCACACGCCCAAUUCACCAAAUCGUCGCACGCGUGGCGAGAACAAGAAAUGCCGCAAGGUCUAUGGCAUGGAGAAGCGAGAGCAAUGGUGCACUCAAUGCCGAUGGAAGAAGGCUUGCAGUCGUUUUGGCGACUGAAAGCGACAGAAAUCGUCGGCAGAGGCGGCAGCCCAAGCGUCGACGACACUGCGACAAGGCGACAUCGCAAAGGCAGGAGCAACAGCAACAGCAGCAACACCAUCAGCAGCAACAUCAACAACAGCAGCAGCAUCCACAACAGCAACAGCAACAACAGCAACAUCUUCAUCGACAUCGACACCAGCAACAGCUGCUAAAAUGACAACAACUGUGGUAAGAUUGGCUGCCGAAGUGGCUGCUGGCAAACAGUUGCCAGCAUCGCUGACUAUCAAAACCAAUCGACGCUAUGGCGUCCACCACAUACAACAACAACAACAGCAACAGCAACAACCACACAAGUACAACGGCAGCAAUUGCAAUGCCAACAGCAACAAUCACACUAACAAUAUCAAUAGAUUUACGCGCAUCAAAAGUGUUGCUACCUCGGUGAUUGUAUCGCCCAUUGGAGCAGCAACCAACAGUAGCAGCAGCAACAGGCCAACGCCCACCCCCUCGCCCACCGCCAACAGCAGCAGCAGUAGCAGCAACGAAGAUGGAGGAGCAGGAGGAGGAGGAGGAGGAGGUGCUAGCGACAACAGCAAUGUUGCUGCAAUUGCUGCCGCUGCCGCCUAUGAGCAAGAACAGGUUGCUGCUGCCAAAGGGUUGCUGGCUUGGAGUCGAGCUGCAGCUGCAGGUCAGCAACAACAGCAGCAGCAACAGCAGCAACUGUUGCUGCAGUAACAACGUUUAAAUAUAGUGAAUGUUGUUGCUGUGCAAUCAGUUUGCUUCUGUUGUUAUUGUCGUAAAGUGUUGUUGACAAAACAAAAAAACAAAACAAAAAUGAAAUGAAAAUGAAAAAUGGUCUCUUCUUAUUUACUCUGCAUUGAAUUGUGCAAAAGCAAAAAAGCAAAAACAAAACAAAAACCUUAAACGUAAUGGUAUCUCUUUGUUGUUGUGCUGGUGUUGCCAACUGCCGUGCAAAUGUUGCUAACAUUUGCGCUGGGCAACAUUUGCAAUAUACAAUAAUAAUAAUUACAAAUAAUAAUAAUUAUAAUUAUAAACAGAAAUAAUUCAUAAUUAUUAUGCAUAAAUAUACAUAUAUAUACAUACAAUACAAUACAAUACAUAUUUAUUUUAAAACCUGACUUUGUUAUUUCUUAUGUUAAAACUAAACAACAAAAAACAAAUUCGUGGCAAACAUUUUUCAGCUGCAAUUCGUUUGGCCAGCAAUUUUAUAUACAUAGAGAAAAACAACAAAAAAAAGGAAAGAAAAUGAAAAUGAAACGCAUAUAAAGAUAUGUUGGAAGUAUAGAGAUAAAAAAAAAGAAAACAAAAAACAAUGAAAAAGAAAACAAAACAAAUCUUAAACAAAUAUACAUCUGAUUUUUUUUAGUUUGUAAGAAUCUAGUAAAUUUUUUCUUAGUAUUAGUGCAAUUUUUGUUCUUCUUCUUGCUCUAAAAAACAACAAAACAAAAAACGAACUCAACAAAAAGCAAAAACAAAUCAAAAUAUUCAACAAAUAACCAAUACGUAUAUAUAAAUAUAUAUAUUCAAAGCAUAUUAAUCAAGCAUCAACUUCAAAGAUAAACAAAAAGCGAAAAAACUAUUCAUCUCUAAAAAAAAGAAAAGAAAAAUAGUGAAAUUACUUGUGUAUAAAUGAAAAGCAGAAAAACAGAAAAACAGUUAAACCAAUUUUACAUAUACAUGUGUAUUCUUAUGUAUAUGUGUGUGUGUAAGAUCGCUAAGAAUUAAGUAUUAAGCAAGAGUUCAUGAAUACAAAAAACUGCAAUACAUAAACGAGUACUCAUAAAAAACAAAACUUAAAAUAAUGAUGAACACAAGGAAAAUCGCUGAUUAAAUAUUAUAGAUGAUAAACUUAAGAGAACACCACGCCCCCCAUACAUACAUACACACAUAUAUACAUACUACAUAUAUAUUUAUAUAUAUAUUUGCCGACCAUCUAUAGAACAAUUAUCCCCCCAAAAACCCAGCCCAAAACAAAAAAACACACACAAAAGCUAAUGUAAUAUAUAUACCAUAUAAAGCAAACCUUUAAUCUUAAAUGUAGUAAAAUUUAAAAAACAAAACAAGAAAUAAGAAACGAAAUGCAAUAGGCAUAGGUAAAAAACACAGAUAAACAGAUAAAGAUACAGAUACAGAGACAGUCAGAUACAGAAACAAAAAAAGAAUACAACUGAAGACAGAAUGAGAAAUAAAAUAUUAUCAAAAUUGAAAAUUGCAAAAUCUUUGGAGCCAAGAAGAAUAAAUUAUUUUUUGAAAGAAAUGUUCAAAUUUUAUUUCGUUGUUAAGCUGGAUUAUUUGCAAACCACAAAAACAAAAAGAAACAAGUCUAUUAAUUAAUUUGUAAUGUACCUACGACUAAAAAAUCUAAUAUUUAGGACUUUAAAAACUGUUCGCGUUGUGCGACUAUUGUGAAUUGUUCAAAUUACGGUAUCAACAAUGAAGAUGAUGAUGAUGAUGAUGACGUCACAAACAACCCGAAACGAGGUUGAAGUGAAAAAGAGAGAGAGAGAGAAAACGAAAGAAAAUGAAAGGAGAGGAAAUAUGAAAAGUGGAAAUCGAGAAAAGAAAAUACACAAGGAAUUCUUAACCAAAUUGGAAGUACAAACUACAAUCUAGAAUAUGUAUAAACUAUAAACAAACAAAAAAAAAAAAAAAAAAAACAAAAAAAAAACUGAAAAA